GUUCUUCGAUGUCACUCGCGUGUGCCUCUCUUCAACACCAACCUCGGCACCUUGGGUCGUUGAAAAGCAGUCCUUCCUCCUUAUCGUACGCCUGCGCCUCGCCGGCAUGGCAUGUUUCGAAUUCGAAAGAUCACAAGAGGGGACUUGAUUUCUUUGAGUAGCCGCAAACAAUGCGCGCGUCGGAUCACGAGGCGGUGUAUCGACAAUGGCCCGGGAAGCGGAAGUUGAAAGUAACAAUGACGGUCUUCCCAAGGUGACCGAGACCUCGCCGUCUCCAUCACCACCGCCUUUACCGCCCCGCCAGAUUAUUUCGAGCGACGGUCCUGCUCAGGUAGCGCCGGCUCAAGCGAAGCCGACCACGGCCGUGUCAUCUAUCGACAUCUCAACUGUGUCGUUCCCGGACGGUUCCCGAGGCACAUUUUCCACGAGCGCACCUCGCGUCAGCUUUACGCCGCAUGCUAGCGGGUAUGGGACGCCGAGCCGCGACGCCACGGCCGGCGGCGACCUUGCCGACUCGAUGAGCGUCAUGAGUUUUGCGCCGACAUUGCGCCCGCAUGGAGACCUAGCCAGUCUGGUCGCGGAUGGUCUUAAUAGGAAGAGCCGUGCCUGGAACAUGUUAAGGUCGCAGUCGGAGACCGUCCAGCCGUUCGAAAGCAUCGAGCUCGGCGCCCCCGGCAGCCUCACCGGUUUCGAGAGGGAAUUUGACGAUAUCCCGGACGAUAAAACCGACGAUAUCAGGAUGACCAUCUGGAAAUCCAAGAUGAAGCAUUACAUGAUUCUGUCGUCUGCUGGAAAGCCCAUAUAUAGCCGCCACGGCGAUCUGGGCUUGGUUAACUCGUACAUGGGUGUGGUGCAGACCAUCAUCUCAUUCUACGAAGGAGCCAAAAACCCUUUGCUGGGCUUUACCGCCGGCAACGCACGAUUCGUCAUUGCCAUCGAGGGCCCCCUUUAUUUCGUAGCCAUCAGCAGGCUAGGCGAGAGCGAUGCUCAGCUCAGAAGCCAGCUCGAAGCCUUGUACAUGCAGAUAUUGUCCACCUUGACGCUACCGACCCUUAAGAACAUAUUCGUUCAUCGCCCCUCGACGGAUCUCAGGAAGCCCCUCGAGGGUACCGAAUCGCUCCUCUCGUCUCUCGCCGACAGCUUUACUCGAGGCUCCCCCUCGACUCUUCUUGGCGCCCUCGAAUGUCUGAAGUUACGAAAGUCCCAGCGUCACGCCAUAAACAACAUUUUCCUCAAAAGCCGCUGCGAAAAGCUGCUCUACGGACUCGUCGUCGCAGGUGGAAAGCUGGUGAGCGUCAUCAGGCCACGGAAACACUCGCUGCACCCGAGCGACCUCCAGCUCAUCUUCAACAUGCUCUUUGAAUCGGGCGGCAUCAAAUCCGGCGGCGGGGAGAGCUGGAUCCCACUCUGCCUCCCGGCCUUCAACAACCGCGGCUAUCUCUACAUGUACGUCAGUUUCUUCGACGAAAACCCCGACUCAGCCUUUCCCGCCGAGGCAACCGCACAGCCUACCCCUGAAUCAUCGGCCGACACCAACACGACCGAGACCAAUACGGCCAACACGAUCGAAAAGGAAGACGAAAUCGCCCUGAUCCUCAUCUCCCCAGACAAAGAAUCCUUUUACGACUUCAAAGAGAUGCGCGAUAAGCUCGCCGCCCAGCUCACCAAAACAGGCCACCUCUCUCUCAUCCGGUCCGCCGCCCGCGAGCGCCGUCUCCAGAUCCAAACCAUCGCCCCGGGCGCCCAAAUCGCCCACUUCCUCUACAAGUCGCGCGCCAACGUGCAGUUCUGCAUGUCCGCCCUCGAACCGCCCACCCCAAACCAAAACCCAACCCCCAGCGCACCAUCCGCGCCAUCCGCACCGUCCACAUCCUCCGCAUCCUCCGCAACAGCGACAGCAGAAACAGCAACAGCGCCAUCAACCCCAGAACCGGAACCAGAAAGGAUGCUCACCCGCCGGCGCCUGAUGACGCUCUACCACGAGCUGCACGCGUCGAUGCACGCCAAGCACGCGCACCUCAAGGUGCUGCACGGCGUCGGCGAGGACGCCGCCAGCCUGGCGUGGAUCACGCCCGUGUUCGAGUUCUACUGCGUGGCCGGGCCCAACGUGCCGCGCGCGGCCAUGGCGCAGGGGGCGAACCGGGUGAUCCAGUGGGCGAAGCGGGAGGAGGAGCGGUUGUUUAUUAUUGGGGGCGGGGUGUUUUAG